GGUGUUAACAUUUGAUUCAUCAUUUCUCACUAGCUAUUAAUUUCUGAACGUCAAUCAUUUCUGGUCAUUCUGAGUCCGCCCCUGAGUGCUCAAUCAUACAAAGCACUCUGCUGCUGUUCUGGUCUCUGAGAUGGAGGAAAGGACAUGGAGACGAGACCAGAUCCCUCCGGAUAUUCCCCUCCCUUUCCUCUCGAAGAAGCCGCCCCAAGCGAGCCGGCCUAACCAAGCCAGCGAGCUUGUUGUCGGUGCCCAUUGCCGUCAUUACGUUUCCAGUAAGACGAUCUGCCCCAGUCCUUGAUAGAUGUAAAUCGCUAUCACGCGGUAUCUAUCGUGGAAACGACCAAAUUAUGAAGUGAAAUCCGCUGUCCCUUCUUCCUUUCGGCAAUGCAGGGGUAUAUGCCGAUAAAAAAG